CAUCUUAUUUUUUGCUAUUAUGGGAGGAAGAAAAAAGGCAAGACAUAAAGGUAUCGGUAAAAAACGCAAUCUCAAGCGGGGAAUCCGAGACCUUAAACAUCGCACCAAAGACAUUGACCAAGUUUACGAAUCCCUAGCUAAGGAUGACAUGGAAUUAGAGCAUGAUGUGCAAGCAUCCCAAGGCGAAAUCAAUGCACCAUAUUGCAAAUAUUGUGAUCGCCAUUUUAUUGACAAUGUGUCUAUGGAGCGUCAUAAACGUGAGAAACCACAUAAGAAAAGGGUUAAGGAACUCUAUACUCAUCAGCCGAUGGAAUGACACUUUUUAGAGUAAUGGCAAUACAUUCUAUAAUUAUGGGCAAAAUGAAUAUUAGUCAACCAUUUUUGUCCUCUGCAUAAUCACGCGCCAAUAAUAAGUGCGUAUACUGUAGGUACCAAGGUUGUUUUGAUAGGAAAGAAUCCUUGAGGGCCAAUAUAUGAGAUACAACCUCGUCGGUGAUCUCCGGCGUGGCUGAAUCAACGUCACUGGCCGUUUUAU